GACUGUCCGGCGGCAUUACGCCCCCACUGUCCGGCGGUAUCACGAAGGUAGGGGUUCAUAUUUCCGAAAGAAUCUACCCGAUGGGGAUCGACGGUGGAACUACUCCCCAAGAAGGGUUACCUACUUCUCCUCGUACCACGGCAGCGAAUCUAAACCAUGGUCAAACAGAUGGGCAGCGACUAGCCCAAGGAGAUUCAGGAACUGCGAAAAGUGGGAUUCAAAUCGAAAGGAAGCCUCAAACCUGCGUUACCACGGACCAAAUCUUGAUGGGUAAGGAUUCGUAUGGUCAAGGAUGUAUUGGAAACGAGCAGAAUUGGUUGUGGUUAAAAUGGUUUCGUAAAAUUGCUGACUUUUUUUGAAGUUGUCUGGAAUAUAGAAAUGAGAUUUUGGUAAAAUUGUUUCAACGGCUUGGUAGGAAGUAAUGUUUGGAUUUAGUUGAAGGUAUCUUCCUAUAUACAAUGGUAAGAGGGCUUUAGGAACAGUGUUCCCGCCCAUUUCAUCAGCUACAGUACUCGGAAAAUUUGGACCGCACAAUCCAGUAAAAAAAUUUGGCGAAGCUUCCUUCAUACUCAUUUCAUUUUAGUGUACGGAUUCCCAGUCCACAUUGGAUAUUGGACUCCGUAUUCUAGAUGUAGAGAGAGAGAGCGUGUGGAGAAUCCCGCCGGACCAGCAAAGAUUUGAUCUCCCGGAGGCAACUUGAAGACAGUCGGACCCUUGCCUACUACAACAUCUAAAAAGAGUCUACUCUGCAUCUGCUGUUGAGGCUCCGUGGUGGAAUCUCUCUAGGUAACUCCAUGUUUUGGCAAACUCAAAUGGGGCAGCCGUCCCCUCCGUAGGCCAAGCUGAUAAAAUUAGCUCUGAUUCAUCCGGCCACACCUUCGUCCUUUCGUUUUUCUUUUUUCUUUGACUUUAGCGGCCGGUCAUUCCAUCCGUACAUAAGAACAAUUAGACGCAUAGAAUCAAUCGUCUCUGACUUUAUUCCUCCAUAUCCAAUUCAUUAUCCAUCUAUCUAUCUAUCUAUCAGGUAUUUCAUUUUCUACCCUCAUUUUCUUCUUCGAGUUUUUGUCUUCUAUUAGGUAUAUGGUCAUAUUUUAGAAAAUGAUACACUACUCAACAAAUCAUCUUUUAGCUCUAUAUUAGUGUGUGAUUUUUCUCAAUUUUUUCCUACAGCCUUUGUCAUUUUGUGAGUUUUUUUAUUCAAAAAAUUAUAAUUGGAAAAUUAUUGUUCUCAUAUUAAAGUGGACUUUUAGAUUUUUGAUAUUACUGACUAAAUUAGAUUUUAAUAUUAUUAACUAAAUUUAGAAUUACAUUUAUGAAUUUCUUCAUUUAUUAUUGACUAAAUUUAGAAUUACAUUUUCGAAUUAGAUUUUAAUAUUAUUGACUAAAUUUAGAAUUACAUUUUUUUCACCUCAAUGUUUAGGUGAAAUGAACUUUUAUUCAAAGAUAAUGUGAGAAAGUGCACAUUUUUUGGGGUUUAGUUUAUAGGGUGAUUCACAAGAUGUCUUCUCGCUUAUAUUCUUUGGGUGGAAAACAUUACAAAAAAGGCGUGAAGGUGUGUAAUUUCAUUGACAACUUAUUUAUUCUGAUAACUGAUUUAAAUUCUUCAUUAGGAAAAUGUUUGUGUUUCUUUAUAGUUCAAUUUUGCAUAUUGAUUACAAUAGUUUUGUAGUUUGCAUAUGGAAUUCAUUUGACUAUUGAAGAGACACAACUACAAGCUGGAUUUUU